AUGUGUUACAAGCUCUCCGAUUUCGGUGUACCUGGAUACAGUUGCGACGCUGAGCUGAUGAAACCGAGCAAAACUAUUCCGAGUAAUGUGAAUGCUGUUCGUCCAGCUGAUAUCAAAGUCAUAAUGUUCCAUCUUUUGGUCUCUGGAAAAACAUCUGACUCUUUAGGGCUUGCUUUUCAUGCCGGCGGUGACAAGUCUUUAGAUGAGCAUGUGACGAUUCCUAACAUACUGAAAAAAUACAAUCCAAAUUUGUUUGGCUACUCUGUUGGAAUAGGCUCACCAAACGUAUGGGAAAUCGCCCAUCUGAAUGUUGCUAUGCCUGGAGCUAAUGCAGCAGAUCUACCUCGUCAAGCACGACAAUUAGUUGGAUUACUAGAACAGCAUCCACAGUCAGUUAAUAUUAAAGACGACUGGAAACUACUCAAUAUCUUCAUUGGCGGCAACGACAUCUGUGACUACUGUACCAGUCCGGUAUUACCACGUAUUUGCGUUGAACACAUCAAGGAAGCGAUCCAAAUUAUUUACGAUAAAGUUCCACGAGUAAUUGUUUCAUUGACAGCGAUGAUGCAUCUAGAACUUUUAAGGCAAACCGAUCAUGGUCAUUUCUUCUGCACAUUGCUUCACAGGGAAGAAUGUAGCUGUGAAAGCAACAAAACGUUCACUGACGCCGACAUAGCGAAAGCAUGUGUUGAAUAUUCAAAUCAUGAGAUCGCAUUGGGCGCCUCAGGUGUUUUCGAGAAGGAAGAUUUUACGUUGGUUGUACAACCGUUCUUGAGAGACAUUACACAGCCACCAAUGAAGGGCGGUAAAUACGAUAUGGAAAUUUUCGCACCGGAUUGUUUUCAUUUGUCACAAUACGGACACGCUUUGGUUAGCACGUGGUUAUGGAAGAAUAUUCUUGAACCGGUUGGCAAUAAGACAACUGAAGGUUCACUUUCAGGACCUGCUUUACCACUAGCAUGCCCCGAUACGAACUGUCCAUUUAUUCGCACCAAUCUGAAUAGUGCGAACUGCAACAAAUACAUGACGUUGGCAACCUGA